UGUGUAUUGGGGUCAGGCAGACUAGUCAAACCAUAGACAUAUGUCUAUGAGUCAAACAGCAAGAGGGAAACGGCACCCAGAAGAGAUGUCAUUUACAGAAAGCAUAAACCACAGAGGCCACGUAGUACUGGAGCAGCUAGUAACACUGGCAGCAACAGCACAUACCUUACUGGGUCCAAGUGAAAGGUACAAGUUCAUCAAUGAUGAGGCCAGCGGGGACUCCGUCAUGGUGUGCUCUAGUUUCCGGCUCCUGGAGAAUUUAGACCUGACAUGUUCUGUUGGGCAGCUGCUCAGCGAGACCGUCCUGGCUCAGCAGAAGGUGUUCCACUCAGGGUCGGGAUCUCUGCUCUUCCUGGCUGGAGCAUGGAGCAGGGCCGCUCUGGAGUGCCUUCAUCAGGGAAUAACUAUUCCCCACGUCCUGUCUGCCAUGUCUGAGGGCCUGGAUGUGUGUGUGCAGGUCUGCAGAGACAGAGCGGUCCCUAUUGAGGAUGUCCUUCAUCAAGGGGUUGUACAGAAGUGGAGUGUAUCGAAACCUCAUAGUGAGGCUCCUCCGUCUUUCAACGGUCACCCAUUCCCUAAAAGCUGUCCAGUGUCUGAGCAUAGAGCAAAUGUUAGGCCGUUAGCACAGCCCCCUUGUCAGCAUAACUCAAAAGCAGUCAAAGCUGCCAGAGGCAAAAUAAAACUCACCCACAGCAGACAUUUCACUUCAAAUGAAACCAGUGAUUCUGAAGGACCCACACAAAGGUCCGUGUCACAACUGAACCAUUCAAAAAACACAGAGCUGGAUAGCCUUGCUCUUGCUGUGUCCCACGGUUGCAACAAAGCAAUGGACUUAGUCCUGCAAGCAAGCAGGAUCCAGUCAAGGAUAAAUGGACAAGGUGACUCACACAAGAUGUUUGAUGUCAAUAAGCUGGUCACAUGUCCACUGCCUGGUCUGCCAGAGGAUCAUGCCUGCGCCUUGUCUGGUUAUGUGGUCCUCUUGUCUGCUGAGCAGGCUUCCGUCGUCAGUCAUUUAAAAGAUAAGAGCGUGCGCAUCGUGCUUCUGAACGGAGACCUGAAUGAGAAAUAUCGCCACCUGGGCUUCAGUAACCCAGCAGCGGUCCAGCAUGUAACCGAUACACUGGAUGUACACGGAGUGAGCCAAGAGCAGAUGUGGGUGAAUGGUGCUUUGGCCAUCCUUCUGAAGUACGCCGUCGGUGUCGUUCUAGUAAACGGCGUAGCCUCUGAACAGCUAACAGACCACUGCUGGAGGCACAACAUCCUGGUGAUCGAGCGGGUAAAGCCAGCCGUGCUGAGCGACUUCGCCCAGGCGACUGGCGCCAUCCCGGUCUCCUACAUCACCCAGGUGAACCGGCGGUGCGUGGGGUCGGGCGUGCGCCUGCAGGUGUGGAGGGAGUACCUCAGUGGGCGGGGCGCGGAGUCCACAGCUGUGACCGUCACGGCUGAAAAGACCGCUCUGGUGACGGCGGCGAUCACCAGCUCAGUUCAGGGGAAACUGCAGUCUCUGGAGGACCAGUUCUGGGGCUGUGCGCACCGCCUGCAUCAUGCACUGAAGGACGGGAGAGUCCUCCCCGGAGGGGGGGUGGUGGAGAUGCACUGUAUCCAUGCACUGCAGAAGCGUAUUGAGAACACUGGGAACAGGACCAAAGAUGAAUGUCGAGGGAAGCCGUACGUAGGGAGGGUACUUCAGCUGAUGGUGGACGGUUUGAUGGACUACGUCUCCACUCUUCUGUGUAACAGUGGACAGCUUUCAACCAAAGCAGACGCCUGGACAAAAAUCCAUGAGCAACUGAAGGACCUGAAGGGAGAUCCAGAUCCUUGUGUAAAUGUACUGGGGUUGGAUGUCAAUGAUGGACUCUGUUCAGACUCUAGUAGCAAGAUGGAGAGUGUGUAUGAUAAUGUGACUGUGAAGGUGGAAGCCUGGAGGAGAGCUUUAGAUCUGGUGUUCCUGCUGCUUCAAACUGACGCUGAAAUAAUCACUGGCUUUGAUGCAGAAAAAAAGGACAUACAAUCAAAUAGUUUUGUGUUUUUAUGAAUAAUAGGUGUAUUGUUUUGUUUUGUGUGUGUUCAAUUUUUUUAAGAAGAUAUUUUUAGACUACUUGUACACAUCCCAAAGAAUUUUCUAACGUGACUAUUUUGUAGUAUAGCACCAAGAGAUAGAACAACGAAUAAUGGAAUAAAAGUCAUACCAGUGCUUCAUGAUAAUCAAUGUAGAUUUGGGAAAUGUGAGCUUGGUGACAUGAUUGGUGAGUUGAAUUUGAUUGGUAAAACUGAGAAUUGAUUGUUUUGCCACUGGGGGGAGACAAACACCAUGGCUUUUACAGUGCUUUGCAACAGCUGUCCGACUUAAGUUGAGUUGAGGACUCACUCGCAUCUACUGGCCCCACUUAAACAUCUCUGGUCAACAUGAAGUAAGGCACGUUGUUUUGUAGGUCACUAUUCCUAAAGAAUGGACGUGUGUUGUCCAAAAGGCUCUUUAUCCAACAAACAUGUCUGGAGCUCACACCCUCAGAAUAAAUGAACACUAAAUUCA